AUGCAAUUGCGAGACUUUGCAACGCCGUCGGCGGCGCUUUUGGCGUCGCUGGCUGCGCUGCCGCAGCUUACAUCUGCGUUCUACCUCCCGGGUGUAGCACCGACAUCAUAUAAACCCGGUGACAAGGUCCCGCUGUAUGUCAACGCAAUCAAGCCUAUCGCAGCUCCUCAAGAUGCUCUACUACAUUCCGUCGUCUCCUACGACUAUUACCAUCCCCUUUUCAAGUUCUGUCGGCCGCCCGAGGGACCACAAAGUGUCGGCGAGAGUCUGGGCAGUAUUCUCUUCGGCGAUAGGAUAAAAACGUCCCCGUUCGAAUUGAACAUGGCAAAAGACGAGCAGUGCAAACAGCUAUGCGAAGUUAGCUACGACAAGGGUCAGGCAAACUUUGUGAAUCGAAGAAUUCAACAAGGCUAUAGCUUGAAUUGGCUUGUGGAUGGACUGCCGGCCGGACAGGACAUUGUCGAUGAGCUCACAGGAACCGACUUUUAUAGCCCCGGCUUCCUCUUGGGUGAGGAGAACCAAGCCAACCAGCUGAUGUUUCAUAAUCAUUACGAGAUCCAGGUCGAAUACCAUGAAGUUUCGGGUAACCCUGAUCAGCUACGAGUCGUUGGGGUGUUGGUUAGGCCCGCCUCCCUCCAAUAUGGAAGCAGCACCCCCGACUGCAAGCUCGACAAGCAUGAACCGAUCGUACUCAAUGAGGAGGGGGAUACGAAGGUCCAGUUCACAUACAGUGUCAAGUGGGAGAAGUCUACGACAGCGUGGGCUACACGAUGGGACAAAUACCUCCACGUGUUCGACCCGAAGAUUCACUGGUUCUCCCUGAUCAAUUCCGCUAUCAUUGUGGUCUUCCUUGUCCUGACUGUGAUGUCGGUACUGGUUAGAGCUCUGAAGAAGGAUAUUGCCAGGUACAAUAGGCUCGACCAGAUCAAUCUGGAUGAUUUGAACGGGACCUCGGUCAUUGAAGAUGGAGUUCAGGAAGAUUCCGGCUGGAAAUUGGUCCAUGGAGAUGUUUUCCGAACACCAUCCCAUCCCCUUCUUCUCUCCGUUUUCCUGGGUAACGGUGCUCAGCUCUUCGUCAUGACUGGGUUCACCAUCUGCUUCGCCUUGCUCGGCUUCCUGUCACCAUCUAAUCGUGGAUCUCUCGGCACAAUCAUGGUCCUUUUGUACACGGUGCUUGGCUUUGUUGGCGGUUAUACCUCUGCACGAGUAUACAAGGCUUUGAAUGGCGAAAAGUGGAAGUUGAACAUUGCUCUGACGCCACUCCUUGUUCCGGGCAUUGUCUUCUCGACCUUCUUCUUGCUCGACCUCUUUCUCUGGGCUAAGCAGUCUUCCGGAGCCGUGCCCUUUACCACGAUGCUCGUCAUCGUUGCCAUUUGGUUCAUCAUUUCUGUUCCGCUCUCAUUUGCGGGCUCCUGGCUUGGUUUCAGAGCCUCUGCAAUUGAGCCCCCCGUCCGCACCAACCAGAUUCCUCGCCAAAUCCCGCCUACAACCACAUAUCUCAAGCCGAUUCCCAGUAUGUUGCUAGUCGGUAUACUGCCUUUUGGUGCAAUUUUUGUUGAGCUCUACUUCAUUAUGAGCUCGAUUUGGUUCAGCAAGAUCUACUACAUGUUCGGCUUCUUGUUCCUCUGCUAUGGCCUCAUGAUCAUCACCUGCGCAGCUGUUACUGUCCUCAUGGUGUAUUUCCUUCUGUGUGCUGAGAACUACAAUUGGCAGUGGCGAUCUUUCCUGGCAGCUGGCAUGAGUGCUGGAUACAUCUUUGCCAAUGCCAUGAUCUAUUGGAUAAGUAAAAUAUCGCUGGGAGGCUUGGCCGGUAGCAUCUUGUACAUCGGCUACAGUGCUCUGAUCUCCUUCCUGUUCUUCAUUCUGACAGGAUCGAUUGGAUUCUUCUCAAGUUGGUGGUUCGUGAGGAAGAUCUACUCUUCGAUCAAGAUUGAUUGA